AUGGCCGGAGGCUCGAGGAAGUCGAUGACCAAGCGGGUCCUGCCGCAAAAACCAACGUUGGGUAUUUACGUCCGUGUGCGUGUACGAAGUCUGUGGCCCAAGUGGAUGGCCGGGGAUGGUCUCUGGAAGGAACAGAACCCGGGCUCGCUUGGAACCUAUUGUGCCGCGUUCCCCCGCGACGCCCCUGUCGUGACAAAUGUCCGGAACACAGACCAACAAGGCCAGGACAAUGGCACACGGAACCCUCGCUCGAUCGAUGGCCCACAUAGGCCUACAGAAAAGGAGAGGAUCUGCAGGUACCAAGAGGCCGAUUACGACAGAAUCGAUAUGCUGGGGGCCAGACUGGGACCGGGACAGUGGAAGCGAGUUUCCGACCGUCCGCGUCAUCCAAUUACAGCGAGGAAGGGCUCCGACACCGCGGACAGGGUAAAGUCUACCGGGGAAAGAAUGUUGGAAGGUGACAACGCGCGAGCAUCUACACCUCCUCCAGGAUUCUGA